AUGGAUGACGACCCGAACAUCAAGCGCAGAGGAAGAGGCUUUGACCCUCGUGGCAACGGUCCCGCGUCCGAAGGUGUCAAAGCUGGUCGAUUCGACACUCUCGAUGAAACAGCCGAUAGCGGCGCUCGUGCAGUCAAAUCUGUGGAAGGAUGGGUAAUCGUCGUCACAAACGUACACGAAGAAGCUACGGAAGAAGACGUCACCGACAAGUUCCUAGACUACGGCAUGGUCAGGAGCUGUCAUCUCAACCUCGAUCGACGUACGGGAUAUGUCAAGGGCUACGCUCUUCUGGAGUUUGCUGAACAGGAUGAAGCGCAAGCAGCGAUACAGGCAUGUCAAGAAGGGCUCACGCUGCUUGAUCAAGAGCUCAAAGCAGAUUUUGCGUUUGUCAAACCACCAGCUGGAGCCGUUUCUAUACGAGGAGUAGCAUCGAGAAGGGUUAAUGCGAACAGAGAUCGCAGUCGUAGUCCAGGCAGGUGA